GUCACUGAGAGCAAAGACUCUGCAGGACAAACUGGUUUCAGAGGUACAAGACGCUGACUCUCUCCUCCAGUCAGGACUACAUUUUGCUCUCUUCAGGAUGAUCUUUCACUUUUAAUACAAACAAAAAGAGACUGAAACUGCUGGUUGAAUCAAUCACUCUCCUAAAAGAGGACUUCAGAAGAAGAAGAAGAAGAAGAAGAAGAAGUCUCCAAAAGCUAAGAACAAUCAGAAGAGUCUUGGAUAUAUUUUGUAUGAUCUGACGAUCCAGGAGGAAAGAGGAAUAAAGAAGUGAUGCUCAGAAAAAAGGAAAAGGGAUUCAUUGUAAAAGCCACUAAAAAAGGAUGUUGAUACCUGCAGCAUCACUUUUGAUGCAAAGAGAGAAGAGGACAGAUACAAAUAAGGAUUGAGUAAACUGAGAAAACCACAAGUUUCUGGAUUUUCAGUCUCAAAACAAAAAAAGAAAAAAGCAGGAAAAGAGACAUUUUUCAUAAGAACUGCUGAUAAAGGAUGUUGUAGAGUAACAGUUUUGUAAAUUUCUUUUCCAAGAGGGAAGAAAAAGAAAUUUAAAUAGAAAAAGAACAACAUUUUGAUAAAUUAUUUUGAAGAGGACAUCAGAACUGAAGAGGGGACAAGUUCAAGGCAUGCAAAAAGAGAAAAAGACUGUGUAGAAAUGCAUAAAAAUAAAUAAAUAAAGAGGGGGGAAAGUAAUAAAAGACAGAAAAUUAAAGAAAAAGUGGAAUAAUUGGGCAAAAAAGAAAAAGAAUUGUACUGGGGAGUGUUAAGUGGACAGAAAAAUAAGGCAAAAAGAGGUGAAAAGGAUGAACCGAGGAGAAAAACAGGAAUAAAACAACAAAAAAAAAUCAACAGAAAAGUGGACUAAAGAAGUACGGCUUGAAGACAGAAGUAAAAGAGAAAGUCAGGAAAGAAGAACCAGAAGCAUCAAUCAUCCGGGUGAGACCAUGAGGCUCCUGGUGCUUCUCGCAGCUCCUCUCUCCAUCCUCAUCCUCCACAUGGCGGCCGCAGCCUCAGCAGGCGGCGUGACCCCUGGCCGGCUGGAGCGCUGGGUCCGCUCCGGCCUCCAGUCACUGCAGUGGGACCAGCUGGACCGCUGCCUCCGCAUGUCCUCGCUCUCCGAGGCAGAGUGCAGGCGACUCGCCCACCUGCCCAUGUCCGCCGUGGCUGUGUACGUGUCAGAGCCUCGCACCGCUGCAGGUAGGGAGGUCAAAGGUCACACAGCCCUGGGUUGUUUUUGAAUUUUAAAGCUAAGAGGUCAAACUUAGAAGAAGAAACAACUGAUUUACACAUUUCUAGAGUCAGACCAGUUCAAUAUGAACACCUGCAUCAUAAAGAUUCUAUUUACUUUAUUCAAACAGGAUGUUAAUUCAAUCAAACUGAUUAAUUUGAUCAAAAUAUCGUUGAUUUCCUUUUAAAAACAUGACUGGGUAAGUCUGAAGUUGGUUUGCAACAUCACCAAGACAAAUUCCAUCACUGAUUUGUCUGAUUUGUUAUAAAAUAUGUCACAAUUAAUGUUUAAGUUUACAAUAAAACUCAAAAUCUAUUUCCUUACUACUUAAAUUAUUGGUAUUCCAAACUCUACAUGAAUGUAUUUGAUUAGACAGACAUCUAAAGUCAUCCUGCUACUGAAUUAAACACACAAAAACCAAUGACAGGGGUUACGGUUACCCUUGUCUGAAAAACAUUGUAUGAUGUGUAAAAUGUUCAAUUUUAAAACCAAAAACCUCAUCAAAAUGUGUCAUCAGCGGGCAACACAAGCUAAUAUAUAAUCUUAUUCUUUCAAUAAGGGUCCUCUGAUACCCAAAUUUUGAGUUUAAAUGUAUUGACACAGUCUUCGAAUAUAAAAUCACAGUUAAAUUUUUUGUUUGACGUGUCUAAACGUACACAGUAAAUGAAUACCACUAUUGUUACAGUGCAAAAAUGUGCAUUUUCCUCAGACAUUGUCCUUGAUUAACUUCAAAUUGCAUUUAAAAUGACUGUGCUGUGUUGUGUUGGUGUUUUAUUGCCAAUUUAAAGUCAGUUAAACUUGAAUAAUAAAUAGAACUGUAAUCAAAGUAUUAAUUAGUUAACAUUGUGAUAAAUUUUUGAUUUCCAUCUCGAAACGAAACCUAUUUUCCCUCUUAGCUGCACUACCAAACGCUAUCUGAUUUCCCUAUAUGACCUUUAAAUUACCAUACCAUUUAGGAGACCUGUGUUCAAAGCUCCAAAUGGUCUUCUCUUUUAUUUCCUUGAAAAAUAAUUCUUAUUUACGGUUCUUGUAACAGCUAGUGUACUCCUCUAACACCUGCAGGUAACCCUGACAAAGUCCUGGCCAUCCUGCCUGAAUCCUCAAAUGGGAUGAUGGGCUCCAAGCCGCGGGGCAGUUACAGCAUCAGCCGCAUGCUGAAUGGAGGAGACACCAGGUACCAGCAGGCUUUUCCUGGACUCACAGCCCAUGAUGCUGUUCUGGUGUUGGAUCCAAGCCCUGGGGAGAACUUUGGGCACCCAGUAGUCCUCUUCUAUGUGGACGUGAAUGUGACUAAGAAGAGAUGCUCCCACAUGGACGGCAUCUACCUCGGUGAGUCAAUGUUUACUAAUAGUUUUUCUGUGUGUGCAGUAUGUCAUUGUUUAAUUUGGAUCAAAUGCUCCUUAAAUGCAAGUUUUUCUUUGCUAUUAGAUAUCCAUAAGUGUCAAUUCUCACCAACUAAACUCAUACAGUUUCACCAAAUAGUUGAUUUAAACAAGCUUAAAUUGUUAGAUAGGGGGUGCUUCAAAGGGUACCUUUACAGCGUUGACCUCUGGUCAAUCAUUUAACAGUAAGGCUGAGUGAGACAGAGGUCUACAGGACAAUAAAAACAUGAAUAAAGUCGACACAGAGAAGAAGCAAUUAAUAAUCAAAAUGGUGUGCAGCAGGGCACUGUUUUUAGACCUUUACAAUUUCCAUCAGUGGUGGUAAAAGGCUUCUUUAAUAAGAUUGUCAAAGUUUUUAGUGAUACAAUUUUACAUGCAAUAAAUAAAGGACAUUAUAUAAACAUUUUUUGGCAGCUUUUCAAAAUGUUAUUCACAGAAUAGGUUAUAAAUUCAUCUUUUAUUGCUCACAAAAUCAGGCCUGAUAAGAGAGUUGAAAUCUGGGCUGUUUACCAUUACUCAAGACAGACAUUACAUGUUUUACUCAAAUAUUCAAAUGAAACAUUGAUUUCUGACAAACUUGUGUACUUGGUAACUUAAGCUUUACAUUUCAAUUUAUCAUAUCUCUCUCAUAUAAUCUUUGACAUAAGUACAGUGUAAACCCUGAAUUAUCUUUAUCAGGUACACUUCAUUUGACAGAUAUGUUUACAUGCACAUUUUUCGUGGAGUAGUCCACAAAGAGUCCUUAUGCCAGGUUAACGUGUUCCUCUUGAUAAUAUUUUAAUUUUUUUAACUUUAUAAAGUUUUUUGGUAUAUAUAUAUUGAGUCUUCUUAUAUUCUCUAUUUAUCUCAUGACUUAUGGUUGUGCUGCUUUAUUUCAAUGAGGGUGAGACUUGUCAAAGAAACCGUCUUCAUUCUGUAAACUUCUGUUGGCCUCCUUGUACCAAAUAUCUGUGUUUUUUAAGUUUAAAGUGUUUGUAUCUAGUGUGUAUAAGCUUUUUCAGUUUGUGUGUGCAAAAAAAGUACUGCCCUGAAAUGAAGCAGAAGAGAAAGUUAAAGUUGAAUGUGCGUGGUCUCACCGUCUGAAAGCUCCAUUUAUAGCUCAUUGUCUGAUGCAGAACACUUUCCUGCUCAGAGGGGGGUCGACCCAGCUACCUCCACUGCACUUUUUGCCCUCGGUGACUUCUAAUAUGUCUCUAUCUGUGUGUGAUUGCGUGUCCAAUCUUGCACUUUUUGGGAUAACCAACUUGGAUUCAUGGCUUAGAAUGAAGACUUUUAAAAGUUGAGGGUAUUUUGGUUGUUCUACCACUUCUUUAAGGACCAUUUUGAGACUUGCUCUAGCACUUUUUGGAGGGUUUUCAAAGAUUAUUCCAGGCGUUGCAACAAAAUGUGUAGAUAUAUCAAAGCAUAGAAAACUAGAACAAGUGCAAACACGGUUUUCGAAUUCUCAAAUUCACGUCCAGCUUUCUAGGAUAUGCAAGUCUGCAAGUCCAAUAAGUACAUAUGUAUUAGGAUAUACAGUGUCUAGAACUAUCCAAAGCCCAGCUUUCAAAAACAACAUGGAAAUAAGUAAAAUUAUUUUCCUGCCAAUGAUGAAUUUACAUGAAAAAAUACAACUUUAUUGUUCAAAUUUGGUUCAAGUUGUGUCCUUUUAGUAAAUGCAACCGUUUUCAUAACUUGGUGUUCAACCUUUGAGGUAUUUUCUGAUGUUUUGUGUCUUAUUUCUAAUUCUUUUGUGUCUCUGUUUAUUCAUCCCUGUAAUAAUCUGCACCUUGGUCAGUUUUUGCUUUUUUGAACAUUGACUACAUCUUAAUUUUGCUCUUACAAACCUACCAAACACCAAAGUUCUCUGAUUCUAACAGAGAAGGGGACACUUAGGUGUGAGUAUUUUGGUCAUAUUGGUAAAAGGGUUGACAAUCAAAGAGCAACAUUUCUAAAAAGCUCCACUUUUGGUGGCAGCAAACACCAGCUCCGCUGUGCAUGAAAGGCCAAAAAGGAGAGCAAAAUAAGUGUUUCCAAAGUGCUUUAUUCAUGUAGAAAAAGUCCGAAGGGACAGGCCGUGAAUGUAUUCCGUGACGGUCCUCACAAGUCCUGCAGAAGAGACGAGUUUGAAAGUGCAAGUUGUUGACCUCCCGCUGUGCGAGAGGUUAUGGCCAGAUGUUUGAGGUGAAUUUGGCCCCGCGUAACACGAACACACACCUGUCAAUUAUUCAUACGGCACUGAACCCCCUGCUGGGUCCUGCGGAUGGUUUUGGAUCUGACACUUUUAAGAGGAAAACUUUCUUUAGACCUCAUUUAACCCUUGGAGGACGGGAGGCAAGAAUUAGAAGGGGAGAAGGAAAAGGUGAAACACAGGAGGACAGAGAGGUAGGGGGAAAAAGAGGGACAGGUUUAGAGGACAGGUGAAAUGAGGGUUAAGUAGGCAGCAAGGAAAUCUUUCUUAUCAGAUAAGUAAAUGGAAAUGGAUUUAUUCAUACAUAGGUGCCAAAACCCUAGCCAUUAUACACUAUAAUAUUGGGUGUUGUGCAUAUUUUCUCAUCUGCAGCAUGGAAAUCCAUUCUCACGCUCAUUCCAAAGGUAUAAAGUUUUGAGUCUUUGACACAGCCAUCAGCAUGUCACCCUGACACUUUAUUAUCAUCACCAAAGAGAUGCCAUAGUAAACCCAACCUGUCCAAUAUUAAACUCUGCCUGAGGUGACAUUCAGGCUAAAACUCAAGAAUGGCAUGGUACAAACUCAGCCACGACUUACCACUUACUACUUACUCAGCCAAUAUUUAGUACACCAUUAAGGAAAUUUGCCAUUUAGUCGUGCUGUUGAGAACUACUAUGCCCUACCUAGUGGACUCAUUGAAUUCACUAACCAAGAAAAACCAUAAUACCAUGAGAAAAUAAUAACAUGAAUAACAUUAAGUGGUAUUUCUGCAAAAAUCCUGACGCAGUUUUGUAAAGAGUAAAGGAUUUUUGACAGAGCAAGUACGUUAUUGCAUCCACUAAUCACAAACAACUGGGUCCACCCUCUCUACACCAGUAAGAACCAGACGUUGACAAACACAAAUGCUUUGAUAGAGGUCAGGUAGUUAGCAGAACCUUGACAAGCAAAGAAGGACGUAAAAAAGACUAAGAUAUCAUAUUGUACUACAAAUGGUGCAGAGCUGGAAAAGUGAUGGUGUUUAAACUGUUUAUCUAACAUACUUUUAGCCUCUUGCGAAAACAUUCUAGCAUGUUUUGAUAUGUAAUAGGUCAGUCAGUAGAAUUUCCCAAUAGUACAAUGACUUGAAAGGGGGGAUGUUACAGUAGCAGAGGCAGAGGAGUUUCUGUCACUAAUUCCAUUAUUGUUCUGUGCCUGUAAACCAGGACAAGGUCAGAAGUCCAGAUAAAUUGCCUGACCGAGCUCGACUUGACUGUGCAUGUAAACACACUGAGUGUUUCUAUUGCGCCAGUGAGCUCUCUACAUAGUCCUCUACACGAAACGCCCUCAGAUGCUAGCAAUUAGGAGUGCAUGACUUCAGACACAGCACAUGUCCUUCACACAGGAGUCAGAGGUUUCCAACCAACCCCGUGGAUCACCACAGAUAACUUUGUAGAUUUAGAGCCUCAAAAAUAAGUGAGUUUCAGGGCCUAUAUCUAUCAAAAAUAAAAGUUAAAAAAUCACCUUGAAAGUGUAAGUAAAGGGGGGUUGGUGUUGGUGGUUGACAACCCGGGAUGAAAACACAUGGUUGAUCUUGAUCAAAGUAAUCCGUCAAUGGACCUUGUAGCAUGACCCUUCUCCCAACUCACCAAGCGAACACUGACAGUCUUUUAUCUCACAGCUGAUAUCCAACUGCAGGAACUUGGUAUCUUCGAUUAUCUCAACAAACGUCUUUCUCUCCUCAGGUGAGGAGUGUUUGACUCUGGCUUUGAAGGGUCGCUGUCAGAACCAGCUGAAGCGUCGGCAAGCCAGUCCUGACAGGAUUAUUGGUAACGCGCGUGGCCGGCUAUCCAGUGUUUCUCUGCGUGGAGGUUCCAUUACAACCAGCAGCGGCAGCCGUCUGCUGGACCGUGCUAUUGGAGGACUCUGUGAAGUCCACUUCCUUCCACUAGUUAUCGGAGUUGGAGACAACAAUCGGACACAGAGACUCAGAUGUGUCGGUAGGUCUUCAUUAAUGGGUUUCAUCGGUUAGUUAGUCUUGUCAAACUUGCCAAAGGAUUGUUUUGUUCUUGACAUGAUUUGGGGCUUGUACUUUUUCCUGAAGGUUAGGUCAGGAGAUUAUCAGGUCAAUAGACGUGGAAAAAUACUGUGACUUCUUAUAUGAUCCAAAAUAGUUCUGAUGAAUUCAAAAUAAGGUCGUAAACCACCACCUGGGCUUUAUCAUUUAACUCUCCGUGGCAGGAGAUUGGGUAAAAUGUAAAAUUAUUCUCAUAUAACCCCCGGACCACCCACACCUGCAGCCUCUGCCAGCAACCUGGGCCUCGUGAGAACAAGUGCUGGGAAAACGAUAGCAUGCUGUUAUGGCAAACAAAGACAAUCCUCGGGAUAAAACCACAAACCCACCUCUGGCUACAGAUAUGUUGAGAUGAAAUAUUCUUUAAUUGUUGAUUGUGACCCAUUUAAACCCACAGCUGACUGAGUAUAUCGGCACACUAAGUUUGUUUUUGCCUUAUAGCAGGAAAUUUGCUCCGGUAAAAAGCUCUUUUUGUUUCCAACUCAAUUUCAAGUCAAGCCCCCCAACUCUUUCUCCUAACACUGGAAGUUACUGGAAAUGCUUUCUUCUUUUAACAGAUCAACCAGAGUUUGCGAGGUGCCCCCAGCCUCUGCCAAUGGUCUCUCCCAGUUUGCCGAUCUCCAGCUGUGAGCUGAAUAAAAACACCAGACGCUGCCACCAACAGCCGUUAGCCACUCACCUCUCCUGCCGACUCUAUCAGACCUGUGACCACGCUGUGCUCAUCUCAGGUAGGGUUAUUAAUUGUUUUUAUACACCUGAAUUGUGAUCAACAUAAAUGAAUAUAUAAUGACAAGGACCUAGGCGAGAUCAGUAUAAAAAUAAUUCCUGAAAUCUUGAAAUCUAAUCUUGAGUUUCUUAUCAGAUAAACAUUUAUACCUUCUAACCCUUUUUUUAACUUUUCCCAAUCAGCUGAAUAACAUAUUCAAGCAAGCUUAAUUUACUUAAAAAUAAAAGUGUAGUUUUACACAGCAGAAAAACAAAAAAUAUGGUGAUGUUGACACAUCAUAAAUUUGAACAUCAUUCAACAUAGAUAUGACAUGUCAGUAAAAUGUCUUUAUUGGUAAAGAUGAUGAAGUAAACUGUCUUUCUUCCCUUGUCUAGCCUUUUUUUCCAAUUUGACUGACUGUAAUAUUUUAUUUUGAAGUUGAGUCAUACUUUUAUGAAUAUGGGGGUAGUAUUGUUAUCCUGUUAUUUUAUAUGCACAACAAUCAUGAGGUUAAAAUCUUAUAUCAUGUCAUCUGGGGCAUGGCAAGUCACCAUACAGUUAAAAAAAUAAUUAUGAUGAUAAACCAAAAACAGCCAUUUGCUCGUCAAACUUUGAUUUGCCAUAUUUAAGUACAUUUGCAUCUACACCACAGGUGGUUGGCAGCAGCAGAUGACGUUUCAGCGCCAUGUUCAAAACCUUCAGAGGUUCUACAGGAUGCUGCAGAACAACGGUUUCCACAAAGAUCACAUCAAGACCUUCUUCGCUGGCAGUGUACAGCUUCCUGGUAGGAGUGUGUAGUUAAAGGUUUACAUGAGAUUUUCACUGUCCAAGAUUAGCUGACCAAACUGUCUCUAAAGGAACAGACCAAAAUCCAGGGUUAGUCUUAAUGAGUCAUGAUCAUGACCAUAUUGUUGUAAUGCCAACUAAAGCUGAAUUAGGCUAAAGUAGGCGGUAAAAAAUAGCCCUGUGUAUAACUUUACCCUGUUUCCUUCUUCUACAGAAGAUUUGGAGGGAGUGCACUCAGCUACAGAGAAAGCUGUGAUUCGUAACCACGUCUCGUACAUCUGCAGGAAGCAGCACUGCGCCGACACACUGGUUCUCUACCUGAACUCUCCAACACGCAACGACGGCACCAUGCUGCUGUGGGAUGCCAACCUCAACGGCAUUGUAAGAGACGCACAAUCUCAUAAUGAAGGGACAAGGCUCUAAUGACAAAGAAAUGAGUGAAAUGGCAUAAGAUUAAACCUCAGGACUAUUAUCUGUUGGCAUCAGUCCAUAUUCACUUUGAUUCCGUGUGUGAAAAUGUGAAUGAAAUAGGUGCACUUUUUAUGUAGCGCAUUGCCUCUUCUGUAAACUAUGUGCAUGUUUAUUCCCGUUACUUGACAAAACUGUGUGUGUACAGAGCAUAUCAUUACACAGUAUCUAGAUCACACACACAGACGAAAAGACACUUCAAAGAGAGACGUCAAACUCCAGUUUAAAACAGAUCAGACUUCAGAGGAAGAUGAUCCACUGGACGCACAUGGUAAAAAUUAUCAGCCUGAUAAGACGAUUACUCUGACCACACACACAUGCAUAGAUAUACGCACAUAGCAAGACCACCCAGGCAACUGAAUUUCUGUCAUCGCAGUCAGUGUUUUCUGAAUGAGGACAUGGGCUCGUCUGAAGACUGUUUUUACUGAGAAGUAUUUUACACCAGUGAUCAGGUCAGAGUGAGUCCCACAGGCUUUAAACUAACACUUCCCAAAGGAAAAAAAGGUGUUUAAUUUCACUUUAUAAGUGAUAUUAGCUGAUGCUGUUAUUGGAAAACUAGAGAAAAGAAAUGGAUGCAAAAUAUAGUUCAGCUGAAAUUUUAAGGUGCAUGGGAAGACUAACUUAUCAUCUAUGUAUGCUUGUAUGCAAAGGAAACAGUUAUACAUAGUUGAUCAUGAAUGGCAGGGAUCUGGAAAUCUCAUUUUAUGCCAUUUACAACCAGUCAUGGAAUUAGUCUCAGCUAUUUCAUCAGUCAGUCCGUGGAGAAAACACUUGAGAAAACCGAAUUAUUGCCUCACUCUGAUUAAGACCAGACAACUGAGGUGCAUGUAAACACCUUAGACCGACUAUAAUCAGAGUUUGAGAACAAAAACACCAGAGAAGAAGUGGCGCUAUCAUUUAAAGAACUUUCAACUCAGAAGCAACUGCAACAUGGCUGAAGCACGAAAGAAUAUCUACUUUUGGAACGACGAGGAAAGUGCCGUUAUGCUUUCUGUCCUGACAGAAAUGGACAUUUUAAAGUAUAUGGAUGGUCGAAAAACAAGGAACGGAGACAUCUUUUAAAAAGGUCUGGAAACAGUGCCGCUAAAAAGACCCAUAUUGCCCCCUAGUUUUGGGGAGGAGGACACGUUCAUGUCAAUAAUUCGAUUUUCUCAGCUGCAUGUAUACGCAGACAAGGAGAGAAGUUCGGUGAAAAAAAACGAAUUAUGAGCUUAGUCCGAUUAAGCUGUGCAUGUAAACACACUGAUUGUCGUAAAGGAGAUUCUAAGCCAAACAAUAGCGGCUGCCAUGUUGGGGAUGCUGACUCAAUCUAAGACGAGAUAUAGGCAGCGGGGCCUUAAGCAUCUUGGAAGAUGUUAGCUUGUGCAUGCUUGUGAUGGUUACCGCCUCACUCUUUGUUCGUACUCUGUCCCUCUGCUUUUCAGAUGCACACACACUUCUCCUCUUGCUCCUCUCCCUGCUCUCCUCUCCUCAUCUGUGUCUGCAUGAUAGUUUGUAUUCCUGGUGUACAACAUGUUGAAGAUAUACAUCCAUUGCACUAACAUUUUGCUGCAUUGUUUUUCUUUUGUAGUAUUUUUUAGUUGCUGUCUUAAUUUUUUUGAGUUUAUAUAAUUUAGAGUUUCCUUUUGACACUGUUUUCUUUUUGUGCAGCUUUUAUAUGGUAUAGCACAUCGAAAACACUAUAGUUCAGUGCAAAUUCACAGACAAGGCCAGCGAAAUAAAACUUUUGUAUGGUUCAUUGUAAAAGUAUAAGAGCGUUGAAGUGGCAGAGCUUUGAUGCACUUGUGUUGAGUGAUGACUGAGUAAGGCGCUGGUGUAAUUGCCUUAAAUAUGCAGUGUCAAGUUGUGGUGAAGUGAGUCAAUUACACUGUGCCUCUUCCCCCUCUUUCUCCUCAGGCUGAUCUGAAGGAGCGAUACUCUGUGAAUGAGCUUCUCACUGACCUGGCAGGCUGCAAGGCGACCCGUGUUUUGCUGUUUGUGGAUCAGAGCUACAGUGGCGUUCUCUCCAAGAGGCUGCGAGGGUCCCAGAAACACCACAAUGUUGUCCUGAUCCAGAGCCAGACUCGGCAGGCCCACCAGAGGUUGAACCCUGGCUGGGAUGACAGCAGCUGGUCCUACAUAAGCCCUGCUACCUGCCUGCUGGAUCACCUGGGAAAGGUAGUUUUUGUCACUUUAAUCAUUUGCUGGAUUUUUGUCCGCUUUGAGAACUCACUUUUGAAUAUUGACUUUUUCUCACGUUCUCAGGGUUCUGGGAUGUCCCGCCUCCUAGAGCCAUGGGCUGGGCUUUUGAAUGUGACACUGGCAGGCGCCCCUUGUAAUGUCACACCUCCUUUGACGGACAACGAGAUGCGGCGGGAGUACCAGGGCUGCCAGAAUCUGCCAACUGCGCUCUGGCACCAGAAAUACAGGAGGACCAACUGAAAGGGAGAGAGACACUGAGACUGACUGGAAAGUUAGAGAGAAAGAGAAAGAGAAAGAGAGAAUGUCUGAGUGGAAAACAAAUUAAUAACGGACACAUGCACACUGUACACGAGUUUGCAUUACACACAUGCACCUAUUCUGGUGUGCGUUAAUGUAGGACUUUAUUUUUUGAAGUGUUUGAGUUCUUUCUCUCUUCAGACGGUAACCAUCGCGUUGACAGCUCAUCCCAACGGGAUGGGUGUCCUGACCAUGUGAAGAGUGUGUGUGUGUGUGUUUAUGAGUUCAGCAGGAGGACAACCACUCUCAGAGACCAGUGCUAGCUGAUGUUCAGGUCAGUGUGUGUGUGUGUGUGUGUGUGUGUGUGUGUGUGUGUGUGUGUGAAGUGUGUAUGCGACAUUUCCGAGGCACUUCAACAUUUCAAAGCCAAUCAUCCAUCUCCAUUUUUAUCUUUACGAGUUAUUUCUGCUUUGUUCCUUUAUGACUGUCUGUUUUUCUUUUUUUAUUCUGUCCUCUUCUUCACCUUGUGUUUGCCACUUUCCUACCACCGUUCCUUUCCCGAUCUCCUCCUCUAACUUCCUCUGACCUAUCCUCCUCUUCCUCUUCCAAUCUCUUUUUUCCAAAUGUGUUGUAGUGCUGGUUUUUUGACUCUUGACUCAAACGUGUUGUUACAUUGCAUUUUACUUCUUUUCUAUCCCUCUUUUCAAGCAGAAGUUGAAACCAUACAUCCUAACACCCAUAAGAAUUGUUAUAUCUGUUUUGACUUUAAUUCCCAAAGUAAGCGGCUCGAUCGCUUAAACAUGGUCCUACAAUGGAGCCCUCCUCAAGAGCCCAAAAAACAGCACUGAAAUUAUGCUGAGCUAAGAUACAAUAAUAAACAAACCCACUGCAAACAAGUCUAAGAAUAGACAUGAGUACUCAUGUACAUUUUUGUACUUGCUAUUUAUAUAUUUACAGAUACAAUCAGCAUUAACUUUUAGCAUAGUGAAAUAUGGUUUGGGAGGCAUAUUACUCAUGUUUGGUGAUGUGCAGACAGAUGAAAACCGAUAAGCAGUGCAAGUAAAUCAAGCCUGGACUUGCAUUUUUUUAGAGCAAUGAUUUCUAAUAAUUCAGUUCAAGAACACAGUGAUGACAACUCAUGGGCUGAUUCUUGUCCUGGUGUUUUUAAGUGACAUAAACUUGUGUCAAUUGACACAGCAUGGAAAUAAAGAGAGAUUAUCACAAAUACAAUGUGAAGAUAUGUGAGCUAAUAACAAUCAUAGAAAAGGCGACCACAUGUCCACAUCAGAACUUAAAGCUCAUGUGAAGAGUUUUUGAUUGGUUACGAAUCCAACAGAAAUUGAUAUUGAUAUCUGGGGCCUCUUCCCAAGUUGACCCAGGUAAUCCAAAGGUCAUGUUGAGGGUGUAAUUUAACACCAUUGUUAAUUAAUCCCACAAUACCCAAACCACACUCUAUUGGCUGAAGAACCUACAGUCAUUUCUUUGACUUUAACCACACUGUUGUUUGUGAGGACUGAAGUGAACAUGGGGAAAUUUUAAGGCUGCCCUGCGGCUGUAUGAGGUAGUGCAGUCAUACUGUAUUAUGAUGGUCGACAAAGACAAAAUUACAAUAUUGGAAAUCCGGGUUACAUAAAAAAGAAAAGGGAUUGCUCUUUGGAGUCAGGGAAUGUAUUUCUGGAUUUAGACACGACGGCUUCUUAACCUGAGAAGGAGGAGACGAGGAGAGACACAGGGAGCCAAGAAUCCAGAGUCAGAAAGUGGUUGGCAGCGAUCAUGAUUAAGAUAUGAAGCACUGAGGCUGCCCUCGCUGCUACACAGACUGGCUAUGGCAUUUUAAUAAGGGCACAACUUGUGUGUAUGUAUGUGUGUGUUUUUAAUCACAUACAGAGGCACCAUAUGAAACAGCACAAUCUCUUAUAUUAACCCAUCCCCACACUAACAAAGUAUAUGUUGUCCUCUACUUUUGGUGGAUAUUUGUGACUUUUGUCUGUACAUUGCCUCCUCCUUUCAACAUGUGAGUAACCAUAUAUACCACAGCCCAGUGUACAUCUUACUCCCCCCUGCUGUGUUUGUACUGAUGUGUAUUGUUGUACUGAUUUAUUCCGCAGUAGAGAUUUCUUUAUUAAAGAGACAGAGAUUGAUUGGGAAGAUGAACUUUCCAAACGAGUGGGACAUUUCGGACCAGAACUGUCCAACAAGGUGACAUGUGCAUAUUCACAUUUGUGUAAUCAUCUGUACAGAGUAUGAGAUGUAAAUUAGCAGAUAUGUUUCUAGUUGCAUGCAGAGAGUCACAAAAUCUAGUCAAUAAAGUCAUUUCAGAAAUC